AAGAAUCGUACUAUGUUUCCUUAUUAUGUAAACUCGACAUUCCCGACUACUCUAUGCAAACAACAAGCAGAUUUUGGUUUUUUCAAUCCAUGCUGUUUCUUUCUUUUAUUAAUUAUACACAAUUUUCAUAAGUCCAGAGUGAUUGCUCGUUCCCUAUGCAAAUCACUGCUUUCUCAUCCGUUGAUAGUCGAAAUGUCGAUGAAUCACAAUUCAUUGGUCCUUGGAAGCUGGGAAGGACUCUUGGUGAGGGCAAUCUUGCCAAAGUGAAGUUAGGUAUCCAUGCGGAGACGGGAGAAAGGGUCGCAUUGAAAAUGAUACGCAAUGCGGAACUGGAAGAUGAAUCUCUUUGGAACCACGUUUUACGAGAAGUCAUGAUUCUACGGAAAUUUCAGCACCCAAAUAUUCUCUCCCUGUACCAAGUGCUUCGUGUCCCAAAGUACACAGUUCUCGCACUGGAAUACAUGGAUACUGACCUUCACAGCAUUCUCGCAAAAUGUAAACGUCUAGACGAAUUCGUAGCUCGUAAAAUAUUUCAGCAAAUAGUUUCUGCUGUUGAGUAUUGUCACCAGAAUAAUGUGUCCCACCGCGACUUGAAGCUUGAAAAUAUUCUUCUUACCAAGGACUUCACCGUCAAGCUCAGUGAUUUCAGCCUUUCCAAUUUUAUGUACGACGGUACUUUUCUUAGAACAUCUUGUGGAACUCCCCAUUAUGCUGCUCCCGAAGUCAUACAAGGCCGGUACUACGAUGGAUGCGACGUGGAUAUCUGGGGUUGUGGAAUUCUGCUCUACCUCAUGCUUACCGGUGAAUUUCCCUUUGAAGACGUUACCAUCUCUAAUGUCUUAAGUCGUGCUUGCAAGGGCAUUUAUACAGUACCUUCUCAUGUCUCUACAAAUGCUACUGACUUAAUCCGACGGAUGCUAACCGUCAUCCCUACAUCCAGAAUCAAAAUUGGCGAAAUUAUGUGCCAUCCUUGGUUUAUAGGGGAUAGACUUCCAUCACACCUCUCAUCCGCGCAAGAUUCUUUCCCUUCCCCCGAGAAACAGCAUCCCGUUAGCUAUUACCCAGCUGAAAUAGCAAAACUUUUUGGUUCAUCACCUAAGUCUACUGUCAAUGCCCAAAAUAAUGUAUCACAUCCAUCUUUGGAAGGUUCAUACCCUCAGUUUUAUGCCCCGACCAAUAGUGAUCUUAGCUCUUCCGCGGAAGCUUUGCCUUUCCAUUGCUUUGUCUGGGCAGGGUCAAGCCCAUGUUCACCUCCGAAUCAGAACAUAAACGGUACUUCUACUGCAGUCGGAAUUGCCUCCAAUUCCUCACCUCAAUCCCAUGUCAGUAUUUUACCGACAUCUCUUCCAAGCGAACAUGCAGCUUACAUGGCAAAGACGUUUAAUAUCCACAAAUUGCAGUCGCCGGUGUCGUCUCGGCUACGACCCUUUCGAUGGCAUUUUGGUAUACAAUCAAAUAAAGCUCCUCGAGAUAUAUUGCUGCAGUUUUGCAAAAGCUUACAGCAACUUGGUGCCUCCUUUCGUCCUUACAGUACAGAAGACUUUUUACGAGAAAAUAAAUAUCGCGUAGAUGCGAAAUUCAACUCUGAUAAUUUUGUUGUGUAUUUGACGUUUGAAGUGUUUUCUCUUGGUUCGUUGGCUAACGUUAUUGACAUACGCUUUUCUGGUAAUAGAGCUUCACCGAUCAAUAAUCCAAUGCCCUGUUUUGAAGUCGUUAAACGGUUUUUUCAGAAAAUCAUCUAGCGAUUUUUUUCAUGACUUUUAUUGAUUCUUUUGUUAUUUUUGUUAUGCUAUAGGUGUAAUUUUGUUUUGCUUUGAAGUCUUAUUGUCGUUGAAGCAAAUGAAUCUUUCGCUUCGCUACUAGAAAGAUUCUAUUUCUAUUUGUUCCUUUUUGUUUUUUUUUUUAAAUUAUUUUAAUCUUAAUUAAUGAAUAGUAUUAUUACAUACUUUAUAGCGCAUUCGGCUUUUUUAUCAGG